AUGGGUACAUCAUGCUUAGGAAACAUAUGCCUUCUUGAGACUAACUUGCUUCUUGGCUUUGUUAUUAUACUCAGCUUAUGUCUACCAGGAUCCCUGAAAUUUGCAUUGGCCCUGGGGAAUGAAACUGACAGAAUAGCUUUGCUUUCUAUAAAGGAUCAGCUUGUUGGUGCUUAUCCAGGAGCUCUCGAUUCAUGGAAUGCUUCUCUCCACUUCUGUGAGUGGCAAAGUGUUACGUGUGGUCGUCGCCACCAGAGAGUCACUGCUCUGGACUUGGACGGCUUGAAACUAGGUGGGUCCUUAUCUCCUUCGAUUGGCAAUUUAACCUUCCUCAGAAGAGUAAAUCUGUCUGAUAAUAGAUUGCAAGGUAACAUACCUAAGGAAGUUGGCUACCUAGGGCGGUUGCGUGUUUUUGAGCUGUUUCGAAAUAAUCUCCAUGGAAGAAUCCCUGUGGAGCUUGCCAAUUGCUCAAACCUCUUAACAAUUCGUUUAUCGCAUAAUAACCUCACUGGUGAACUUCCUUUCCAGUUGGGUGAUUUGUCGAAACUCAUCGUACUCUCCUUGGGUGACAACAAUUUGGUUGGGGGUAUUCCAUCUUCUUUAGGAAACCUUUCGUCAUUAUCGAAUCUCUCGCUUUCUUCUAAUCAUUUGGAGGGAAAUAUCCCUGAUGCUCUGGGCGGGGCUGUAAACUUGAGAAAACUUCUUCUCGCAGGCAACAGCCUAACUGGUACUCUUCGUCUCUCAAUUCACAAUCUUUCUUCCUUGGAAAUGAUUGAGAUGUCAAUGAACAAUUUCUCAGUGAGUCUUGAGGCUAUAAUAGGCCAUCCUUUUCCAAAUCUUCGAUACUUCAGUAUUGGAAGAAAUCAAUUAAUAGGAACUAUUCCAAGGUCGAUAUCUAAUAUGUCUAAUCUGGAGAUAUUUGACAUAGGUUGGAAUGGUAUCGACGGAUCUGUUCCUAACAAUUUGGGAAACCUCAAGAAUCUUCAACAGUUCAUGAUUGCUGGUAACAACUUGGGAAAUGGGAACAUAGGAGACUUGGAUUUUCUUUCUUCUUUGAGCAAUUGUAGUCUAUUACAAAUAUUGGAUCUAGAGGUGAAUCGAUUAGGUGGCCCGUUGCCAGAAUCCAUAGGCAAUUUAUCAAUCCAACUCAACAUGCUUUUUAUGGGAUGGAAUCAGAUUUCAGGAAAUAUUCCUGAAGGGAUUGGAAAUCUCGUAAGCUUAACUCUUCUGCAUUUGCCGAGAAAUGCCUUGGUGGGGACCCUUCCAACUUCUAUGGGGAAGCUUCGAAAUCUUGAAAGAUUGUUUCUCGGCUCGAAUAAUUUUUCAGGUGAAAUCCCAUCUUUCUUUGGCAAUCUCUCUCAUUUGUUCGAGCUUCAAUUACAUAAUAAUAGUUUUGAACAAAAAAUUCCUCUUGCUCUUAGAAAUUGCAAAAAUAUGCAAAUCUUGCUUCUUUCGGAAAAUACACUUAGUGGUAGUAUACCAGAUCAACUAUUUGAUGCUUUCACAAGUUUGAUUAUAGUUGACAUGUCUAGCAACUUCUUGACCGGUCCUCUUUCAUCAGAUUUUAGUAAUUUAAAGAACCUGGAAGAAUUAUUUGUUUAUGAAAAUAAAUUAUCUGGUGAAAUUCCAAAGACAUUUGGCCAGUGUUUUGGGUUAAGGUCACUUGAUAUGGCGGGAAACUUUUUCGAAGGUAACAUUCCCUUAUCUUUUGGUUUUUUGAAAUCUCUUGAAACUUUAAAUCUUUCCCGCAAUAAUUUGUUUGGCACCAUACCACAUGAACUAGAAAAACUUCCAUAUUUAAGCAAUUUGAACAUUUCUUUUAAUCACUUGGAGGGUGAAGUUCCAAAAGAAGGAGUUUUCAAUAAAUCUAGUAGAUUUUCAAUUGUGGGAAAUAAAAAUCUCUGUGGAGGGAUACCUGAAAUAAUGCUCCCAAAGUGCUUCGAUCAGGAGUGUAAGAAAAAGGGAACUGCUCUAUCGGACAAAGCCAUCAUUGUAAUGAUCCUUGGCAUUCUAAUUGCCUCUAUUAUGGUGGUGCUUCUUUUCGUUCAUUGUUUCAGACAAAGGUCUGGAAAGAAGCUUAUCCCUGCAGCUUUGUUUGGUGAUAGCUACUUGCGGAUAUCCUACAAAGAGCUUCUGCAAGCAACUAGUGGUUUUGCAUCUUCAAACUUGAUUGGUGUGGGAAGUUUUGGCUCUGUGUACAAAGGAUUUCUCCAUCAACAAGAAAAACUUGUGGCAGUGAAGGUACUUAACCUUCAAAACCGUGGUGCUGCAAAGAGCUUCAUGGCUGAAUGCAGGGCUUUGGGGAAAGUUCGACAUCGGAAUCUUCUCAAAAUUAUAACUUCCUGCUCAAGCAUUGAUUACCAAGGCAAUGAUUUCAAGGCUUUAGUUUUCGAAUUCAUCCCUAAUGGGAGUUUGGACAGUUGGCUUCAUGACCAACAUGAGUCAAGGUAUUUGAACUUUGUUCAAAGGUUGGACAUAGCCAUAGAUGUAGCCAAUGCAAUAGAGUACCUUCAUCACAAUUGCGAGGCGGUAAUUGUCCACUGUGAUCUAAAGCCUACCAAUGUUCUUCUUGAUGAUGACAUGGUUGCACAUGUCAGUGAUUUUGGAUUGGCUAAGCUCCUGUCUAGUGACACAAACAAUAUGGGUAAUGAUCAAACAGGUUCUUCAAUGAUGAAAGGAACAAUCGGUUAUGUUCCCCCAGAAUAUGGCAUGGGCGGGGCAGUGUCCCCAGAAGGUGAUAUUUACAGCUAUGGGAUUCUGCUCUUGGAAAUGAUCACCGGAAGGAGACCAACAGAUGGUAUGUUUCAUGGCGGCUUAAGCCUUCACAAUUUCUGUAAGAUGGCACUACCUGAACGGUUGAAGGAGAUUCUCGAUUUUCGCUUGCUCGAACAAAUUAGUGAAAACAAGGAGAGAUUAACAAGUCAGUCAAAAAUGGAGGGAGAGAUCAUGUUGGAGAGUUUGCUUUCUUUCACUAAAAUAGGAGUUGCAUGCUCUGCAGAGGCGCCUGGUGAUAGAAUGGCAAUCAAAGAUGCUAUCACAGAACUGCAUGCAACCAAGGCAAGUUUGCUUCGGAGCAGGAUCCAUGGAAGGGACAGGAAAUAG